AUGUUAACAUUAGUCAGCAGCGGAGUAACCUCACAACAAAAUUUAAAUAUUGCAGAAGUAAAAUCAAAUGAAUACAUUGAAGCGAAAUCACACGAUAAGUGGGAAUAUCCAAAGUCUAAAUUAACUUUAGGUGAUGAGUUAGGACACGGUGCUUAUGGACAAGUGGUUCAAGGUGAAGCGAUUGAUAUUCAAGAUCAUGUUGGAACAACCGUAGUUGCGGUUAAAAUGUUAAAAUCAGAUGCAUUAGAUAUUGAGAGAAGGAGCUUAUUAGCUGAAUUAGACAUGUUGAAAAGCUUAGAUAAGCAUCAGAAUAUUAUUUCGCUACUUGGUUGCUGCACCUAUGAAGCACCAUUGCUAAUCAUUGUCGAAUUUGCAUGCCAUGGAGAUUUAUUAAAGUAUUUAAGAUCCAACCGAGGUGAUGGAGACUUUGGUAAUUUAACAUUGGAACGAUUAACAGAAAUUGCUUGGCAAAUAUCUAAUGGAAUGACUUAUUUAGAACAGAUGAAGGCAAUUUUAAUUCAUCGAGAUUUAGCUGCUCGUAAUGUCCUCUUGGAUGAAGACUAUAACUGUAAGAUUUCAGAUUUUGGCUUGGCUCGCGAUGUUUAUGAAUCUAAUCUAUACACUAGAUCGAGUAGAAGUCGUCUACCGGUUAAAUGGAUGGCGUUAGAAUCUAUUUUUGAUGAUAUUUGGACCACUAAAAGUGAUGUUUGGUCAUUUGGUGUCGUUGUAUGGGAAAUUUUUACGUUAGGCUCAUUUCCAUAUCCCGGCAUGACGGCUGCCGAAACAACGGAAAAAGUACGAAAUGGCUAUAGGAUGGAAAAGCCGCAAAAUUGUCCAAAUGAAAUCUAUCAAAUUAUUUCAGAUUGUUGGUCGGAAGAUUAUCGUAAUCGACCAUCAUUUGAUAAAGUUAAAUUGCGUUUGGAAUAUUAUCGUGAAUCUACCGAUAGUUACCUGACUUUAGAAGAAGGAGAAUCUGUACAAGCGUAG